AUGGGUGCCGGAUUUUCUCUUUGCUUCCGGCCAUCAAAUACGAUAGCCAAUCUCAACGACUCGUCGGAAUUAGAGAAUAUAAGCAAGGAAAGUUACUCGCUGCCUGAGUUCAGCUUGAAACAACUGAAAGCUGCCACGGAGGGAUUCUUGCCGGAGAACAUUAUUUCCGACGACGGGGAGAAAGCUCCAAAUGUUGUCUACAGAGGCAUGCUCGAAGAUGGCCGUUGGAUCGCCGUUAAGCGCUUCCAGUACUCGGCUUGGCCUGAAUCCGUCCAAUUUCUUGCUGAGGCUAGAGCUGUGGGGCAGCUGAGAAACAAACGUUUGGCGAAUUUGAUAGGGUAUUGCUGUGAAGGCAAUAAUAGAUUGCUUGUGGCAGAGUUUAUGCCUAAUCAAACUCUCUCUAAGCAUCUGUUCCAUAGGGAGUCCUACCCCAUGAAAGGGGCAAUGAGGUUGCGAGUGGCUUUGCAUCUGGCACAAGCUUUGGUGUAUUGCAGCAGCAAAGGGCAGCCAUUGUACUAUGAUCUUAAUGCUUCUAAAGUCCUGUUUGAUCAGAAUGGAAAUCCCAGACUGUCCUGCUUUGGCCUUAUGAAGAGUAGCAAAGAUGGCAAGAGCUACAGCUCCAACCUGGCUUACCCUCCAGAAUACACCAGGACAGGAAGAGUGAUACCAGAGAGUUUGGUUUACAGCUUUGGGACCUUAUUGCUUGAUUUGCUCAGCGGCAGGCAUACCCACCCAAGCCAUGCAGUAGACCUCAUAUGCGACAAAAGUUUCCUGAUGCUGAUGGAGUCAUGCUUUGUGGAUCAUUUCUCAAAAGAUGAUGGAACUGAGCUGUUGCGUUUAGCUUCUCAAUGCUUGCAGUUUGAUCCUUGUAAGAGACCAAAUCCUAAGUCUCUUGUGAAUGCCCUCGCUCCUCUUCAGAAAGAGACAGAGGUUCCAUCAUUCGUCUUGAUGGAUAUUCCGCACAGAAAUGUGGCUCCGAAGCACUUGUCACCUCUAGGUGAAGCUUGCUCGAGAUUGGAUCUUACUGCAAUACAUAAACAGCUGGAGAUGGCUGGAUACAAGGCUGAUGUUGAGUCUGAGGCUGACAAGGAACCUUCCUUCGAUAUGUGGACAGAUCCAAUGCGGGAAGCACUACAUUCCAGGAAACAGGGAGAUGCUGCAUUUAGAGCUAAAGACUUUUGUUCAGCAAUAGGUUGUUACACAAAAUUCAUUAACAUUGGGAGCUUGGAAUCGCGAACUGUGUUUGUUAGACGUUGCUUGUGUUACUUGAUGACUGAUAGGGCAGAAGAAGCUCUUAAAGACAGUAUGAAUGCUCUAGGACUACACCAUGUAUGGCCGACUGCCUUCUAUCUUCAAGCUGCUGCCCUAAAGUUCCUAGGGAUGGAUAAUGAUGCGCAGGAAAUUCUGAAAGAGGGAGCAUCAUUGGAAGCCAUGAAAAUAAAAAAUGCUCCAAGUGUAUAG